CUUCUCUCUCUACCCCUCCCCUCUCUCUCCCUCUCUAGUUUCUCUCUCUACAAACCAGAACUACUCUCUCUCUCUCUCUCUCUCUCUAUCUAAAAAAUGGAAGUGGAACCAAGCCCGCCUGUGGUAGCCAAGAAGCUAUGGAACCUAGUACGGAUAGUGUUCUUCAUGAUGCGAAAGGGCUUAACCAAAAGCAAGUUAUUAGUCGACCUCAAUAUGAUGCUCAAGCGCGGCAAGCUAGCUAGCAAAGCCAUUGCAAACAACCUCAUCAUGCUCCACCACUCCUCCAACUACUCCGCCUUCAGCUGCCGCUCCAACGACGCCGUUUCUUUCGUCACUCCCCGUGAAUACGAGUUCAGCUGCAGUAACAGCCCCGCCACCCACAACCCCUUCCAUUUCCACCACAAGCGCAACAAGCACCACCACCAUGGAUAUUUUGCCAAGAAUCCAAGUGUCACCGCCGCGGCGUAUCAAUACGACGAUGUUACCACGGCUGCGGCGGUGCAGAGGGUUCUUGAGAUGCUGAACAAUGAGAUGGUGGCCGAGGCUUCGCCGAUGGUGACGCUGCCGGGGUUCGGGAAAAGCCCGAUGGUUAGGCAACUGAGGGUAACGGACUCGCCGUUUCCGAUGAAGGAGGAGGGAGAUAGCCAGGUCGACAAGGAAGCUGAGGAAUUUAUUAAGAGGUUCUAUAAAGACCUCAAGUUGCAGAAAAGGACAUCUGCUCUUGAAUCACCAUUUCGUCCUUUGCGAAGUCGAUGAGAUCGACCUUGCAAAAUUACCUCCUGGGUUGAAAAUCUUAAAUCUAAUAUUCCAUGCACACGAUGAUCAAACAGCUAGGGCUUCGAUCAAUUGCAUGGUUAAUUUGUUUUCGCUUUUCUGAUUUGCACAUAAGAGUCUUCACACACGCAAGGAAUUUUUGUAUGUUCCAGAUAUCUGUAUCUUGUGUUGUUUCCUUUUUUCAGAAGAACAUGUAUGUGAAUUUCAGUUAUUUACUU